GCAGAGGCAGACGAUUAUAAGGACUUGGUGUGGAGAGGGAUGAGGAGACGUGACUUCUCGUUCUACAAGGAGUAUGUCACUGAUAGAUGUCCAGAUUUCAAGGACUAUCCCUGGUCGGAGAAGAAUGAGGCCGUGGCUGAGGAAGUGAAGGAGAUACGAGACAUGGUGAAGGGAUUGACGAGACAGGUUAUGGAGAUUGUGACCGCCACAGGGGUCACGGCCUACCGGGACAAACCUGGAGGGCCCUAUUCGCUUCGCUGGGACCGUAGGAACAAUGAUCCCUGGAGGAGUGUCGAGGAUAGAAAUCCUCGGACACUGAUUGAUUAUCGCGACUCCCGCGGCCGAUGGGAGAGGGACGGAAGAUACGAGAGAUCGGACCGGGAUGGAUAUAGGGACGACAGAUAUGAGAGGUUGGGUCGAGAUGGUUAUAGAGGAAGUAGAUAUGAGAGAGGAGAUAGGGACUGGGAACGACAAGAUAGGUCGCGCGGACGGGUUGAGCGUGGAGGAGAUGCGAGCGAGCAGCGCGACGAGUUGCGGGGAUGGUACAACCGAGGGGCCCGACGCGAUGAGUCACGAGGACGAUAUAACUCAGGGGACCGCCGGGACGAUUCGCGAGGGCGAUAUGACCAAGGAGGGUCUGGAGGAGACCGGCACAACGACUCGCGCAGUCGGAAUGAGAGAGGGGGAUAUGGUGUCUCAUCAGAAMCAUAUCCAAAGUCGCCUGACCCCAACGCGGCUGGGAAUUCGAUGUCUAGAGGCGCAGACGACAGGGCGUCUACUCCCAGGAACUCAUGCGUCUAUUGUAGAGGAGAAGAUCAUAUCAAGAGGGAUUGCCCGGACCUCAAACGGGCAAUAGAAAAGGGACUUGUCGUGCUUGACGACCGCAAGUACGUCAAGUGGGCAGAUGAUCUCGGAGAUGUAUCGAUGUUCCCUUCGAUGAAGGAGAAUGUCGAAGCAAGGAGAAUAAAGACGAGUAAAGGAAUGGAGCUGGUCACGAGCCAGAGCAUCAAGAUAACCUUUGAGGGGGACAUGGCGACUACACCCAUAAGGGUGGCAGCCACCAAGUCGGCGAGAUGGUCUACAUCAAAGAAAACUGACAUGGAUUACAUGAUGGCGGAGAAGGACGGGCAGCGGAUCGAUGGAGAGGAGGUUAUCCUUUCGCCGCGAAAGCGGGGAGUCAAGAAGUUCUUAAUGAAGAGUUUGCUAGACGAGAUUGACACGGUAGAGCCACUGAGGCGGGCCCUUCGGCAACCCAUGCAGUGCUCUAUUCUGGAGUACCUGGCGGCAUCGAAGCCGGCUCGUGAUGAGCUACAGAUGAUCACGCGGAAGACUCGCAUACCUCUAUCGGAGGAGGGUCAGGGGGCCCUUAAGGCGGAAGCUUCUACGGUAGCAGUAACGGGGACAAUAGUUGCAGAACUUCACGACGGGGUAGUUGGAGGACACAGGGGAAUCAAGGGAACCUACGAAAAGAUACGCCGGCUGUACUGGUGGGAUGGACAGUAUAAGGACGUCGAGAGGUACUGCAUGACGUGCGAAGAGUGUCAGAAGAGAGCUCUUGUGAAAUACAAAGAGCCACUUUAUCCAUCCUAUCCAACGCGACCAGGAGAGAAGGUACACAUCGAUCUGGUGAAAAUGCCGGGAGGGGUGGACAAUAUGAACUACGCCGUGAACAUACGAGACGAUUUCACUGGGUUCGUGGACGGUAGACCUAUCAGGAGUAAGGCGGCAAAGGAAGUAAAGAACUUUGUCCUAGAGUACUUAUCUAGGUAUGGAUGUGUCGGCAAGAUAGUGAUGGACAGAGGGGCGGAAUUCCUAGCCGACGAGGUCCAGAGCAUAUUUAGGAGAGCUGGUGCGAGAGUUUCGAUAGCCACCGCCUAUCACCCACAGUUGAACUCCCCAGUAGAAAGAGGGCACCAGACCCUGAUAGCGUCGCUAUCCAAGUGGUGCAGAGUUGGACAACCGUCGACUGGGCAGAGGAGAUGUCCAGAGAGGAACUCUUAGCUGCUCGAACAAGACAGAUAGCCUACGGGUUGGAAGAUAACCUUAUGUUAACAGCCGAUCGUUUGGCAGUGGAAAG